AUGGCAUAUGGCAUAUGGGGCCCGUGUCGCUCAAUUUGGGACUCUGCUAAUGCCCGGGUGUCACAAUGUGCCAUUGCUUACUUUUCUCUCGUGCCAGCCAUAAUCAUCCUGAUUGCGGUCUUGACCUAUGCGCUACGACGAUUGCCAUGUGUCCAGCGUCCUAAAUGGGCUAGGCCUUUCAUCCAAGAAUUGCCCCCUUACUGUGAGUUGCGGUUACCAGCCCCGAAGCAACGUUUAGGCUGGGUGUUAGCCCUGUUGGCGGUUUCCAGCAUCGGAUUCGCCUCUGGGCUCAUUAAGUUGAUUCUUAAUGGGAGAAGUCCGACGAAUUGGAUUCUCCUUGCUGGUUGGGCCAUUGCGUUCGCCUUGGUUGUUACCGAACGCCCGAGAUCAAGUCCCCUGCUAUUCCUGGCUUUUUAUGUGGCGGAAUCGAUUGUGGAGAUUGCUUAUAUCGUUAACGGUGAUGUAUAUGCGGUCUCUAGUAUAUUCACCUACUAUGUUGCGGCUGGUACCGCCUUGUUGGGUGUGGCUGUCAUUCUUGCUAUGCCUCUUCGCCAGGUGGCUCUUCCUACCUUUGACAUCAGUACCGUUGGGCAGGCCCCAAAUAGUGAUCACCGCAGUCCCGAAGACAAUCUGCGAUUGUGGCAGUUUUUCACCGUGUCUUGGAUGGCGCCGCUGCUGGCCGUGGGAAAGAGCCGCCAGCUGAAUGAAAGUGACGUUUGGUUUCUUGGAUUUGAGUUCCAGCACCAGAGGCUGCAUGAAAAGUUUCGACAGCUCCACGGAAGCGUUCUUCGCCGAUUGCUGCAGGCAAAUGGUAUUGACCUGCUCAUCAUCAGUACAAUUGCAAUUGUGCACAUGCUUUGCGAGACAGUAGCUGAGUAUCUUUUAGAGUUCUCUACACCGUUGCUACUCCAGCAACUAUUAAAGGCAAUGGAGAGCCAAAAUAGAUCGCAUCGUGCUGCUUUGAUUUAUGCGCUACUUUCCUUGCUGCUUCGUUUAGUGGCAGCGCAAGCCCAGGUGUUCAACCUCUGGUACGGAAGAAGAAGUUACGAACGGAGCAGGGGAGAGAUGAUUAUGAUGGUCUAUGAGAAAGCCCUAUCGCGGAAGAAUAUUUUCGAGCAGAAUAUUGAUCGUAAGGACGGAGAAAACGAGACGUCGGACGAGCAAACUGACAGUGACGAAUCCAAGCUGUCCCGAAAUACGUCCAGGUUUUGUUGCUUUCCAAACCCCUGGCGGACCCCCGAUAAAAAGAAGCCUAAAAGUGCUGCCUCUAUGGGGAAAAUAUUCAACCUGCUACGAGGUGAUGUCUACGAAGUCGCCCAGCGGUUCUGGGAGAUAGACAGGCUGAUCGAUGGGCCGUUGGGUCUUAUUAUAGCGGUCGCCCUCGUUUGGAAAGUGCUCGGACCAUCCUGCUUCUUGGGGAUUCUCGUUGUUUUGGUUGCCCAGUUGAUCAAUAUCUUCACCACUCGGGGACUUAUCCGCUGCGAGCGUGUUCGCAGAGUAGCGACGGACGCCAGGCUCCAAGUUACAUCCCAAUUUGUGGAGGCUCUUCGCCACCUUCGCUGGUACGGUUGGCAGAACCAUUGGCUUCGCCAGGUUAUGGAUGCCAGACAGGAGGAGUUACGGCUUCGAAUACUCUCUAAGCUAUGGAGUGUUGGUAUUCUUUUUGUUACCGCUUUCUCCAGCGGAUUUUUCCCAGUUGUGGCCCUCUAUGCUUACGCGUUCCUCACUGGGCAUCGUCUGAGCGUCGAUACCAUAUUCCCAGCACUACAGCUCUUCUAUAUGCUGGAGUCUCGUCUAAGAGCUAUCCCUGGCCUGAUCACAGUGUUAAUCAAUGCCUCGAUUGCCAUGGAGCGAAUUGAGGAUUUCAUGGCUGAACCUGAUAAGGAAACCAAAGCAACCACGGCAGAUCCUGGCUCCAUCCUUUUCCAGCUGGAAUCCUGUUCCUUCGCCUGGCCUGGAAAAUCUUCCGCUAUUCUUUCAGACAUUAGCCUGGGCUUUUCUAAAGGACUUACCGUCAUUUAUGGAAAAGUAGGAACUGGGAAGACGGCUCUCCUACAAGCACUUCUUGGUGAAAUGGAUAAGAUCAGCGGAGAAUCCCGUCUACCAAAUGAGAUGAUAGGAUAUUGCGCUCAGACUCCAUGGCUACAGAGUAUGAGUAUCCGAGAUAACAUAUUGUUUGAAUCCCCAUAUGAUGAACAGCGUUAUAAGAAAGUUUUGGAUGCCUGCGCCUUACUUCCAGAUCUCUCGCAUUUCAAACACGGCGAUCUGUCCUUUAUUGGAGAGAAUGGAAUUGGUCUUUCUGGGGGACAGAAAGCCCGUGUGGCCCUUGCGAGAGCAGUUUACAGCUCCGCCAGGGUCUUGUUUCUUGAUGACCCCUUGUCCGCUUUGGACCACAACACGGCCGAGCUGGUGGUUCGAAAGUGCCUGACGGGGCCGCUGAUGGAUGGACGUGCCGUAGUCCUUGUCACACAUAGGACUCAGCUUGUCCGUCAUAUUGCAGACCAGAUGAUCAAUAUUCAUGAUCGCACGGCAACGGUAGAAGGGAAGUCAAGAGAUCCCCUCCAUGACGAUGCCCACGCCAGUGAUGUCUCCCCAGACAACUCAAGCAAUGCUGAUAUGGACGAACCUGAGCUGGUAGAUCACUCAGCUGCCGUACCAUCUAAGUUUAUUGAAGAAGAACACCGUGCUGAAUGGGGUGUGAAAGCGGCCGUUUAUAUGAGCUACAUCAGAGCUGGAAAAUAUAGGUGGUGGGCUAUUUUGGUCAUCAGCCUGGUGGUAUUCCGCCUGGCCAGAGUCGCACAAGCUUGGUUCCUGAAGGAAUGGGGUGAGGCGUAUAAUGAAGUCAUUCAUGUAUUCCAGCACUCCUCCCUAGACGACAGAAUCUCUAUUGGCCGGUGGACAACGCUCCCGAUUAUGCCAACCAAGUUUAAUUGGACCCUAAAAAAUCCUCUUGACGACUUCCCGUCGCCCGUGGAGGAUGUGCGGCCUUGGCUGUUGGCCUUUUUGGGGAUUACAAUUUUCCAAGUUGUUAUGCUGCUCCUUCCCCAGCUUUUGAUGCUUGUAAUUGUUUACUGGGCCGGCAAAAAGCUCUUUGAACAAGUCAUGGAGAAAGUCAGCCAUGCCACAUUCCGUUUCUUCGAUGUUACCCCUAUUGGGCGUUUAAUGAAUCGAUUGACAUCGGAUAUCGGAGUAGUGGAUGGCAAUAUCAGCGAACAGUUCCAGAGCAUCGCGUUUUCAGCUAUCAUUUGGUCGUCUUCAAUUGUUGUCAUAGCCUCGGUGACACCGUUAUUUCUGGUAUUUUCGAUUGUGCUUACUACCGUAUUCUUCUGGACCUUUUUUCAGUUUCUCCCUACCUCGCAAAGUCUUCGUCGCCUGGAAAUGGUAUCCCUCAGCCCCCUGAUGUCUAAUUUUGGCGAGCUGCUGCAUGGUCUCACGACGGUGCGUGCGUUUCAUGCCGAGGGCCGGUUUCAAGAUCGUGUGAUCGCCGUUGUCGACAGGUUCCAGGGAAUGGACCACUUCUACUGGUCGCUUCAGAGCUGGUUGAUGUAUCGCUUUGAAAGCUUUUCGGCCAUUUCUACUUUCUGCCUCACAGUGCUUGCACUUUACACGGACGUGUCUCCUGGAUUGGCUGCCUUCGCGCUGAUCGCCGCAGGCAAUUUUGUCGAUUCUACCCACGCAUUAUGCCAACAAUAUGGUCAGCUCCAGAUGGAUUUUGUAUCCGUCGAACGUGUCGAUGAGUUGCUUCACGUUGAUCAGGAAGAGCCGGGAACAAUCGAACCGCCGGCAUCAUGGCCCAAGUUUGGCAACGAUAUUGUCUUUGAGGAUGUAACAAUCCGCUACGCUCCCCAUUUAGACCCAUCACUUCACAACAUUACCCUUCGCAUUCCGGGCGGAUCUACAACAGCCCUGAUAGGCAGAACUGGAAGCGGCAAGUCCACUCUGGCUAUCUCUCUCCUUAGUGUCAUCAAGCCCGAAUCCGGCCGUAUCCUCGUCGACGGCAUUGACAUCGCACAAGUUGAUAAACAGGCGCUCCGAACUCGGGUCACAUUUGUCGCGCAAGACCCUGUUCUUUUCCCGGGGAGCAUUCGUCUGAACCUCGAUCCAACCAACGAAUACCCCGAUGAGGAGUGCGCUGACGUCCUGAAGCGUAUCUGCGGUCGACACGCUUGGAGUCUCACAACCCAUGUUGACACCGGAGGACGAAACCUCAGCCAAGGCGAGAGACAACUGAUUGGCCUUGCGAGAGCGGUGCUACGCCGGAGCUCGGUUGUUAUUCUGGACGAGGCGACGGCGUCAAUUGAUCAUGAGAGCUCGCUUGAGAUCCAGCAGAUACUUCGAGAAGAAAUGCGCGAGUCGACCGUCCUUACUAUUGCGCAUCGGUUGGAGGCUAUCAAGGAUGCAGAUUACUAUAUUGAAUUAGAUCAGGGACAAGUAUUGAGACAGGGGUUUGUGAGGGAUAUGUGA